GCCGCGGCGCAGCUCAGCACCGACACGGUGCGCGCGGCCGCGUGGUCGACCCUGUGCCCCGGCCGGCCGUCCGCGCACCCCGCGCCCGCCAAGCAGCUCUCUGCUCCGCCGCCCGACCGCAAGGUUCUAUUUACAUGUCGUGGCUGUUCGUGGUGAGCCUGUGCUACAUGUACAACUGCUGGGUGAUUCCGCUGCGGUGCGCGUUCCCGUACCAGACGCCCAAUAACACCGCCACGUGGCUCGCCCUGGACUACACGGCCGACGCCGUCUACAUCCUGGACGUCCUCCUCUUCAAGCCGCGACUCGUCUACUUGUUCGAGGGCUUCUGGGUGCAGGACCUCGCCAUGACGCGCAAGCGCUAUCUCGCCAAAUGGCAGUUCAAGAUGGAUGUCUUGUCUUUGCUCCCCUUGGACAUCUUUUACCUCAGGUUUGGAACAGGUCAACUCCUUUUGCGUCUACCUCGCUUGUUAAAGAUACAAACAUUUUGGGAGUUUUUUGAACAACUGGAUAGCAUAUUAUCCUCACCCUAUAUUGUGAGAAUAGCUCGAACUCUUACCUACAUGCUUUACCUCAUUCACCUUAAUGCAUGUGCGUAUUAUGCUGUUUCAACAUGGGAAGCUAAAACAUGGUAUUCAGAGCCAAAUGGAUGGAUGUUUGAUGGAAAUGGCAAUGCGUAUAUAAGAUGUUUUUACUUUGCUACAAAGACUGCUACAUCAAUAGGAAAGAACCCAAAGCCAACAAAUAAUAUUGAAUUUUUAUUUAUGACUUGGAGCUGGCUCAUGGGUGUAUUUGUCUUUGCUUUACUUAUCGGUCAGAUGAGAGAUAUAAUAGUAACAGCAACACGACCACAAACAGAAUAUCGUCGUCUACUGGAUGACACAUUGAAAUAUAUGAGACGAUUCAACUUACCACAGAAACUACAAGAAAGAGUGAAAAUGUGGUUUGUUUUUACAUGGGAACAACAGCAUACUUUAGAUGAGAGUCGCAUAUUGAAUUCACUACCACCUAAAUUAAAGACGGAUGUAGCAAUAAAUGUGCACAUUCAAACAUUGUGCAAAGUGCAACUUUUCCAUGACUGUGAUGAAGCUCUUUUACGGGACCUAGUAUUGAAAUUACGACCCAUUAUUUAUCUUCCUGGAGAUUGCAUCUGUCGCAAAGGAGAAGUUGGGAAAGAAAUGUACAUAGUGAAAGUGGGCCAAGUUCAGGUGAUGGGAGGUAAAGAAGAUACUGAGGUGUUGGCCACUUUAAGUGAGGGUUCAGUAUUUGGGGAAAUAAGUCUUCUUGCACUUUCAGGGGGUAAUCGAAGAACAGCAACAGUCAGGUCACGGGGCUUCUCUAACCUCUUUGUUUUAAGUAAGAAUGACCUAAAUGAAGCCAUAGUCCACUACCCUGAAGCUCAGGAGAUCUUGAAAAAGAAAGCAAAUAAAAUCAUGAGAGAAAAUGCUGCAAGAGAAAAAUUGAGCAAAGAGCAAGAUAUGGCAGCCAGUAUAAUCAUUAACAAUAAAGGAGUAGCUCCUGAGACUCCUCGAUUGGUGCAUACAGUUAUUCAGGUAAUGGGACAUUUAGAUUUCUCUGCAAGAACUCUUGCACAAAGCAACAAUGUGAGCUCUGCUGAAACUCAUAUCAAUAGUAACCAAACACAAAAGGAAGAGAACGAAGAUCCUGAUGAGAAAAAGUUUGAAUGUAGAGUAACAGUGCACCGUGAAAUGAGCCAAUGAAUUCCAUGCAAAUCCAGUUCUGGACCAUCUCCAAUGGGCUCGCUUUCCUGCCUGCAGACAGACAUUUCAAAUGGGUAAGAAACAUGGAGGAAACUUAUACAUAUUUUGAAAAUAAUGGUUGUGUUAUUAUAAAAACAUCAUUCACUAUUUUCAAUCAUUUUUAUAAAUAUGGAAAGAUGUUUUUCUAAAAAUCAUGUAUUCAAACAUAAUGAAAUUAUAAUUCAAACAGUAUUGUAAUUGUAAACAACAGUUUUGGGAUGUUAACCAAGUAAAAUUGAAAGUUGAGGAGUAACUUCAAUAUUUUAUAAAAAUGACAUUUCUUUACAGCUUUUAGCUGAUUUAAUUUGCAUGGCAGAAAAUGUACAAGAAAGAGAAUAACUUAUUGUAUCAAAGGAUUAAAUUUCAGAACUAAUUUAUAUGAUUAGAUUUUUACAAGAGGAAAGAGAAUGAGGAACAGUAUGGUUAUUAAUGCCAUAAAUCAUAUUUAUAUAGAAUUUAUGUAUGUUGUGAUA